AUGUCGGAAUUAUGCACGAAUCCUCCAAACGAUCUAGAUGAAUUGGUUGCUUGUUAUAAUAACACUUUGAAGGCACAUUUCGAUAAAUAUGCACCACCUAAAACAAAAACGAUAACAAUAAGAGCGCGGGUGCCUUGGUUUAAUGAACAGCUUAGGAAAGCAAAGCAUGAAAGACGGAAUGCAGAGAGGAAAUGGAGAGUGUCUAAGUCAGAUGUAGACUUUGUUAAUUUCAAAGGCAAGCAAAACUUAGUUAACAGACUCAUGUGUAAAGCGCGUACAAAAUAUUAUACGAGUUUCAUUGAGGAGAACAGUGGUGAUCAGAAAAAAUUGUUUAAUGCAAGUAAACGCCUGUUUGGUCAACAUCAUGAUGAUGGUCUUCCUCCUAAUUUAAACUGUGAAGCUUUUGUUAGUGACAUCGGAAAGUAUUUUGUACAAAAGAUUGGAAACAUACGGAGAAAACUAGAUAAUAACAAGGUGCAUGCCUUAUCUAGAUAUUUGCAGAAUACUUCUGUUCCACAUGCCGUCGAGGAGUCCGUGCCAAAGUUUUCGGAGUUUAGUGCCCUUACUGAACUUGAUGUAAAAACUCUAAUUGGUCGUGCUGCAUUGAAGACCUGUAAUUUAGAUCCAAUGCCAUCAAAGUUGGUUUCCCAGUGUGAUGCAUUGUUUCCCAUCAUAACACGAAUUAUCAACCUCUCUUUACAAACUGGCCAGUUUCCACAGUUAUGGAAAGAGGCACUUGUCCAUCCACUCCUAAAAAAAGCUGGGUUUGGAAGCCAUUUUCAAGAAUUUUAGACCGAUAUCCAAUUUAACAUUUGUGUCAAAACUUGCAGAGAGAGCUGUGUUUGAACAGAUGCAUGUUCAUAUGGUAGAUCAUGAUUUGUAUCCACCAGGACAGUCCAUCAUAUCGGAAAAACCACAGUACUGAAACUGCACUGCUGAAGGUGAAAAAUGACUUACUGAUGAACAUGAACAAACAACAUGUUUCACUCCUUGUUUUUCUGGACAUGAGUGCGGCCUUUGACACAGUAGAUCACGGUAUUAUGAUAGAGCGUUUAUCAUCUAAACUAAGAUUUUCCGGUACAGUAAUCAGUUGGUUCCAGUAAUACCUAUGCGGGAGAUCUCAGUGUGUCACUGUUCGUGGUACUGUCUCUGAUAGGUUUGAUGUGGCCUAUGGCGUUCCUCAGGGAUCUUGUUUAGGACCUCUAUUGUUUACAAUUUAUGUGAGUAAACUGUGUGAUAUCGUUCAGAGGCACUUACCAGACGUUCAUUGCUAUGCCGAUGAUUCACAGUUGUAUGUUGCAUUUAGACCUAAAGUCGAAUCUGAGCAAUCGGAUGCUGUCACAGCAAUGGAACGAUGCAUUGAAGACAUUAGGAAAUGGAUGAGUGAAGACAAGUUGCUUUUGAAUGAUGAAAAGACUGAGUUCCUCCUUAUCGGAACUAAACAACAACUCGCCAAGGUUAACCUCGAUCACAUUACUGUUGGAACCACUGAUAUUGCUCCUCAACCUGUUGCCAAAAAUCUCAGGGUAUGGAUGGUCUAACCUUACCAUGAGUACACACAUUUUAAGAACUAGUUCCUGUGGGUUUUAUUUCUUAUAUAACAUAAGACGUAUCAGAAAAUAUCUUACCAGAGAAUUGACUGAGACAUUAAUACAUGCAUUCAUAUCAAGUCGUUUGGACUAUUGCAACAGUUUGUUGUAUGGACUACCCAAUUGUCAGCUGGCUAAGUUACAAAGAGUGCAAAAUGCUGCUGCACGUCUAAUAUUUCAGGAAUCGAAGUAUUGUCGAAUUACACCUCUCUUGAAGAACUUACAUUGGCUACCCGUCAAAUAUCGUAUUAACUUUAAAGUACUUUUACUUACGUUCAAAGCCAUUCAUGGAAUGGCUCCACAGUAUCUAAGUAACCUUCUCAAGAAAUCUAAUAGAUACAGUCUUCGUUCUAGCAAUACUUUAUUACUUAGCACUCCGUCCCUCAAGUCAUUUAAGACUUUGGGAGAUAGGGCAUUCUGUAUGGCUGCCCCAGCGUUGUGGAAAAGUCUACCAUACUCUAUUAGAAAUUGUAGCGCUGUAAAUAAUUUUAAACAAUUAGUUAAGACGUUUUUAUUUCGUCAAGCUUUUGAUUAGCUUGGAACGGUUUUUUAGUGUAAUAUAUUUGUAAAAUUCUUAACUUCUGUAAUGCGCAUUUGAAAAUUGUAUGGUUGAUAAAUGCGCAAUAUAAGCUAAUAAAUUAUUAUUAUUAUUACAUAUCAAAAUGAUGAUUGAUAACACAACUGCUGUUUCUGUCAUACAUAAUAUGGGUACCUGUCAUAGUGACCCAUGUAACUCAAUUGCCCUGUCAAAUUUGGACACUGUGUGAGGAAACUUGUAUUUGGCUUACAGCAGCCCAUAUUCCAGGCAAAGAAAACGUUAUGGAUGCUCAAUCCAAAGUAUUUAUCUCAGGCAUUAGAAGGGAUACACUUCACUCCUGUGAUUGAUUUAUUUGCGCCCCUCAUUAAUAAGCAAUUUGACCAGUAUGUGUCCUACAGACCAGAUCCAUUUGCUAGCGACAUCGAUGCAUUUACUAUACCCUGGGCAGAUACAAAUUUCUACUGUUUUCCUCCAUUCAGUUGUAUACUCAGAGUUGUAAGAAAGAUCAUACACGACAGAGCCAGGCGAGUUCUAGUAGUACCACAAUGGCCAACACAGUCAUGGUACCCUAUGCUCUUACCAAUACUGGCGCAACCACCGGUUGUCCUUUCACCACCUCAGAAUCUGUUACUGCUGCCGUCCAAGCCAGCGCAGAGACACCCUCUACACAAGAAGCUAAGACUAGCUAUUUGUCUUGUAUCAGAGGAAAAUUACAG